AUGAGAAACCACACAUCAAUUACAACAUUCAUCCUCCUGGGACUCACAGAUGAUCCUCAAUUGCAGGUCUCUUUUAUUUUUCUAUUUGUCACCUACCUAUUGAGUGUAACUGGUAACUUAGCCAUCAUUACCCUCACCACAGUGGAUCCCAACCUUAAAACUCCCAUGUAUUUCUUCCUCCAAAAUUUCUCUUUCCUAGAAAUCUCAUUUACAAGUGCCUGUGUCCCAAGAUUCUUAUACAGUAUUUCAACAGGAGACAGAACAAUUACAUACAAUGCAUGUGCAACUCAAAUAUUUUUUACAGAUCUCUUUGGGGUGGCUGAAUUUUUUCUUCUGGCCAUUAUGUCCUAUGAUCGCUAUGUGGCCAUAUGUAAACCUUUGCACUAUAUGACCAUCAUGAACAACAAGGUGUGUAGAACAAUGAUUAUUUCUUGUUGGAUAGCUGCGUUCAUGAUUAUUCUACCACCACUUAGUUUAGGUUUGGGUCUGGAAUUCUGUGAUUCUAAUAUCAUUGAUCACUUUGGAUGUGAUGCAAAUCCUAUUCUGAAAAUAUCAUGCUCAGACACAUGGUUAAUUGAGCAGAUGGUAAUAGUCUCCGCAGUAUUGACCUUCAUCAUUACUCUUAUAUGUGUGGUCUUUUCCUACAUAUACAUCAUAAGGACAAUUCUAAAAUUCCCUUCUCUUCAGCAAAAGAGAAAAGCCUUUUCAACCUGUUCUUCACACAUGAUUGUGGUUUCCAUCACCUAUGGCAGCUGCAUCUUUAUCUACAUCAAACCAUCUGCAAAAGAAGAGGUAACCAUUAACAAAGGUGUGUCGGUGCUUAUUUCUUCCAUAUCACCCAUGCUGAAUCCUUUCAUAUAUACUCUGAGGAACAAGCAAGUUAAACAAGCUUCUCAUGACUUACUCAAGAAAAUUGCAUUUCUUUUAAAGAAGUGA